CUGUUCAUCCAGAAAAAAUCAAAACAUUGAAUUAUUUAAGUUAUUUUUACAAAAUUAACUUCAAUAAUUUCGUAAUCGUUUCGCUCGUUCAUUGGCCUCAUGGACGAUAUGUGAAUAAUACAAAAAGUCGUAGUAUUUAUGUAACGAAAUAAAUGCAAGCAUAUGUUUCAAGUAUUGAUCUUUGUGCUGUGCUAUAAACUGAACCAUGGCAUUUUAUUCCUGUAACCGGUAUCGAUUACUUGUGAUAGUAUUGCUGACUUUAAUUAUUUGGCAGAUACUUAGAUUAGUACCAAAUAAACCUACACCAUUUAUCACUGAUGUAGGAAUUGAAAAAUUGGAAGAUGACAACUAUAAUAUACACAAAAAGGAAAAAGUCAAGAUAAGAGUUUACUAUGAGGCUCUGUGUCCCGACUCCAAGUUCUUCUUCAUCAAGCACCUGGUGCCUGUCACUGAGAAAUUGACAGAUUUCAUUGAUGUCUCUCUUGUACCAUAUGGAAAAGCUACAACCACAUCAGAAAAUGGCCAGUACUUCUUUAAGUGUCAACAUGGUGAGGAGGAGUGCUACGCUAACAAGAUCCACUCUUGUUCCAUUGAGUACCUCGGGAACAUGACACGCUCCGUGCAGUUUACUGGCUGCAUGAUUGCCGACAACAUGGAUGCUGAUGCAGCUCUAGACCGGUGUGGAAAAGAGUUCAAAGUGGACAUUUCCAGGAUCAGCAGUUGUGCUGCCAGUGAGCACGGAUCUGCUCUGCUGAAGAAACAUGGAGACGACACACACAUCAUAGAGCCCGGUUUCAUUCCAACUAUUAUAGUAAAUAAUUCCAAAGACAAUCAACCAGCUUUACUCAAAAACUUCCUCCUAGAAGUAUGUAAGCUGAUAAACAUACCACUGCCACCCCCAUGCUUGUGACAAAGUAUUGUUAUUAAAUACAACAUACAUCAUACAUUGUAAAGUCACAAAAUCUGGUUAGUGGAUGGAUAAGGCAAAUAAUUGUACUGUUUGAAACUAAAAGUAUUACUGCUCCUUGGAUUGCUCUUUAUGUUAAUAAUGUCUGAAAAGUUGUGAGGUCACAAAUUAAUGCAAUAUUAAUAACUCAUAAUAAUAAUGAAACCAUGGGUCACAAAAUAAAGUUUUUGUAUUAGGUACUAUUGAAAUUUAAGCAUAAGCAUGUCUCGGGUUUUGAGGCUAUAAUGUAAUUUAUUCCAAAUUGUUUUCCAUUAAAUAAAAUACAUGUAGGACUAUAGAAUUAAGUAAGUACUUCCAUAAAUUAAAGUUUGCGAGAAAUAUUGUUGAGUGAAAUUUAGUGAACGUAUUCUGUUACAGUUAUUUUUAAAUAAGUAUGUAUGUAAAAAAUCGUUUAAAAUCAUGAAAGUUACAUGCUGCUAGGUAAUCUACCUACCUACUCUAUCUCCUGGCGACACCGUGACACUGAGUUUACUUUGGCAGGCAAGUUAAGGCAGGCUUUAACCAUAACCAAUCUACAUCAUUCAUCUUCCUUUUAUGUUCCUAAGCUACCUUUACAGGUGUUGUUAAUAUUGUGUAAGGGGUUCCACAAGCCGUUAUUCUGAACGCCGUGUUCUACGACAUUUGGAUUGUCGUAUAUCUCACACUUAGGGUAGGCGCCCACUUGUCGAAAAGCUGUCGCUGUCGCGUAUCGUCUAGUGUGCACCUACCUUAUAAUAAUGGAAUGAUUAAAAAAAUAUUCCUAUUUUGGUUGUGCUAGUUGUAUUUGUUACAUACAUCUUUAAAUGUUAUUUUUAGACCGGCUCGAUUAAAUAUGUAUCGUUUCUAAAAUUAAAAUAUUUACUCCUAUUAAUGUAAGCUAUCUUUACUUUCCGUCUGCACUAAAACAUGAUUCUCCGUAUCUUCGCCUAAAUUCAUACUUUUGUGAUUUUAAUAAGUAACUAUGUAGAACUAACGAAAAAAGUACAUGUUAGGCCAGAGGCAGUGCUCCAUGAUGUCUUAGUGGAGUGGGCAUAAGUACAUACAUAUUGCAUUUUCAAUGAAAAAAAAUCAUACAGUUAUUAACUUUUCGUAAUAAUACAAUUUGUUAUUAGUUAUAACAAUGCUGUCGAUUCUGAAGGAAAGUGUCGUCAAAACAUUAAAUUCUUUGUUAAAAAAUCGACUCGGACGUUUUACGUCAAUCUAAUUUUCCACUGGCAAUUUUUUUAGUUUGAUAUAAAAAAUGUUGUGUCUCUAGAAUCGACAACUUUUUGUUACUUAUAUUUUUUAACAUCUUUAUUAUAAAAAGUCGGAUACUUAGGUUCUUUUUACAAGUAAGUAAUACGUAAGUACCUAAGCGCUUUUGUAAUAUUUUGUAUGAAAAUUAUAUCAGUAAUAAACUUACACAAUAAUUUAUUUA